UACUUGUUUUGAUUUAUUAAAAUUUUCAUCGAUGCUCACAGUUCUGGUUUGUUAUCAGAAAUAUUCGAAAGUUUUAUUAAUUCAUAAUGUCUUCGUUCAUAAAACGCAGUGUAAAGAACAAGUUUGCAAGAAAACGCAAACAAUCCUCCUCUGAAUCAGAUGAAGAACAAUCCUCGGCUGUCGUAACGGGUCUGGACAAAAAGAAGAAAGCUAACCCCAAUGUCCAGAGCACAUCUUCGUUAAAAUUUCAACGGAAAACCGUGAACAAUAGUUCUUCCGAAGAGGGAUCAGACAACGAUGACGGCACAGGAGCAGUCGGAGUCAAUUACAUGUCAAAUCGUUCGGCCGCUCCAACCGGCCCUCAGGAUCAAGGAGCGACAGCAGAAUUGGAAAUAGAAACUGACAAAGCACAAGAUGCACAAGCAAUUUUCCAGAAAAGCCUCGAAAUUAACAAAGAACUUGAAGGGAAGGAGGACGACAAAAUUUACAGAGGAAUGAAUAAUUACACCCAGUUUUACAAGAAGAAAGACACCGCCCAGGGAAACGCUGCCUCCGGUAUGGUACGGAAGGGUCCUAUCCGCGCGCCUUCGAACAUACGAUCGACAGUUCGUUGGGAUUACCAGCCCGAUAUUUGUAAAGAUUACAAAGAAACAGGGUACUGUGGGUUCGGAGAUAGCUGUAAGUUCUUGCAUGACCGUAGCGAUUACAAACACGGCUGGCAGUUGGAAAAGGAGGGCGGAACGACCGGUGGCACCUACGCCGAUGAUUCCGACGGGGACGACACUAAGUACGAGAUACAUUCCGACGACGAGGAGCUACCGUUCAAAUGCUACAUCUGCAGGGAGAGCUUCGUAGAUCCGAUUGUUACCAAGUGUAAACACUACUUCUGUGAAAAAUGCGCCUUGGCAAACUAUAAAAAAUCGUCACGGUGCGCCAUUUGUGGCCAACAGACGAACGGAGUAUUCAAUCCAGCCAAAGAACUGAUCGCCCGUUUAAAAGCUCGUGAAAUCCAAGAAGGGGAUGAUUCUGAUAGUGAUUGAAUACAUGUUUUGGAUAGCGAA